AUGCCUACCGCCUUGAAGAAAAGAAAGCUGGCAGCCACGAACGCGCUUUCGACCAGAUCGCGAGGUCUGAAUGCCUUUGCAUCAGUCUCCAAGGCAAGCCCGACCGCGACGGCCGUCGUCGAGAAGAACACCAUCGUCGAUAGCAUCGUGGUUACUCCCGAACACAUUACCAACAACAAAAAGAGAAAGCUCGUCGAGGAGGACAGCCCGCAGCCUACCGCAGCGACGCGCCCGGUCAAGUCCCUUCGAACCACCAAUCCGCGAACACCCAAAACACCACAACAGCCUAUUCUCAGCUAUCUCAGCCAAUCUCUCCCACUGACUGAUACUCCAACCAAAGGUGCGCGCAGUCUUCUGGAUCAAUUCUGCAUCACUUCGAAAACCCCGACAAGGCCCAGCCUUUUCUUCAACAGCUCAAGUUCCAACCUUGUCGCAUCCACACCCAAGCAGUCCUCCGCAGCAUCCUCUCCCGAGCCCCCUGCCGAAUUACUUGACCUUAUCAAUUUACACGCAGCAUUCCUCACAGCAUUGUCAAUACAUUAUGCACACAACGGAACGCAUUCACCUGCAGACCUGCGAAAUCUCUGCCCGGAUGUCGCACGGGCGUGGGGGAAGCGUCGAGUUACUCUUGACGACAUCCGGAGAUCUAUCGGCGUUCUGAAUGCGAACAUACCACAAGAAAGCAAAGACGGCAGGAUUUCGAAGCUCAGUCUGUCAGAUUACGGAUAUGGGAAGAUAUGUAUCGAGAUGAAGACUUUGGGCAAGGCAGGCAGGAUUGCCAGGCCAAUAAACGAGAAUCUGCUGAACGAGAUUUUUGAGCGAGGAUUGAAGGGCGCAUGGAAGAAGAAGGAUGUCGAGCUUCCUAUACAGGACUUCAUCCAGAAGCUGCCUAUGGAACCGAUCACCACUUGCUCUUCGCUUAUGAAGAUGUCGCCGUUGCUUUCUAAGGGACGACGAAGACUGGAGGACUUGAAGGCUGGCAUUACGAUGAAGGAGUCAGGCAACGUGAAGGUUGAAGAGACGACUGAUCCCAAGCUCACACUUCUGGAACGCUUACGGGCGAAGCAAGUCCACAAUGCAUCACUCCCACCCCCAGCUUCGAAGGCCGAAAUUGCGCGGAAAGCAGCAUUGGGCAGGAUUGAGGAAGUCGUCGCGGUUUUGGUCAUUCUCAGCACGUCGACAUCCAUCGGCCAAUCCCGCAUCUCCUUCACACUUCCAACCAUCAUUGGAAAGCUGCGCGAUUCCUUCAAGACGCCCAUGUCGAAGCAGGAGGCGGAUACCUGUGUUCGAUUGCUGGCUUCGGAUAUAGCUCCCGAGUGGGCAACGCUGGUGAAGAUGGGAAAGGUAGAGGCGCUGGUUGUCAACAGAGACGAGAGGCCUACCGAGUUGAUUAUCAAGGAGCGUGUUAGGCGUGCCGCUUAG